CUCCACUAAAACACCACCGCAACGUCAGCCCUAGCAAUGACGGCACCGAGCGGACUUCCAACAUAAUGACACCCAGUGCAGAUGCUAUUGCCGACUGCGUGUUGUCGACCUUUGAGCAACUGCCAGACAAACGCAAGCCCCGUCCUCGCAAAGAUGGCUCAAGAGAAUGGGUUCCUCUGAGCGGCAUUGUCCUAUCCAAGGCAAAGACGGCAAGCUCUUAUGCGUGUCCUUAGGGUAGGGCAGGACUGGCAUGAAAUGCUUGCCGCAAGAUAAACUCGCAGCAGGUAACGGCAACGUCCUUCAUGACUGGCAUGCCGAAGUCGUUGCCGUUCGCACCUUCAAUCGCUUCCUACUGGAUGAAUGUCUGCGAAUCGCGAAUCCUCCCUUCCCGGCCUCGGACAUCGUCCACCAACGAUCAAAUUCAGAGAGAACAGCCCAGGAACCUCAACCCUUCACCAUCCGUGAAGAUGUACAAAUUCAUAUGUACUGCUCCGAAGCACCCUGCGGCGACGCCAGCAUGGAGCUAACCAUGGACGCCCAAGAAGACGCAACACCAUGGACCAGUGCACCACCAACCAUCUCAUCUACCCUCAACGGCUCAGAUGCCCCAGCAGAAGGCACGGGAGCACUCCGGGGCCGCUCCAACUUCUCCCUCCUCGGCGCGGUCCGCUGCAAACCCUCCCGUCCAGACGCUCCGCCAACACUGAGCAAGUCUUGCACCGACAAGCUCACAAUGAAGCAAGCCACCUCCCUCCUAUCCUCCAUUACAUCGAGCUUGAUAUCCCCACGGAAUGCGUAUAUCCAUUCACUCACCCUCCCCGCGUCGCAAUAUGUACCUGCUGCAUGCGAGCGCGCGUUCUCCUGCACAGGCCGACUGCGAGGACUAACCGGCGACACCAUCCAAAGCUGGGGCGGAGGCUACAGAUGGCAACCAUUCGAAGUCAAACCCACGGAGAGAGAGUUCGCAUGGAGUCGGCGAAGUAUCGCGGCACACGAGAAGGCUGUGGCAAGUAACCUCAGUGCAGUAUGGACGCCCACAUGGCAAGAAACGCUGAUAGGCGGUGUGUUGCAAGGAAGGAAACAGAUGGAUCCGAGGGGUGCGAGUAAGAUCUGUAGGAGGGGUGCAUGGAGUCUUGCAGUGCAGAUUGCGGGGAUCGCUGGGCUGCCGGUGGUGCUUGAAGCGCUUAGAAGAAGCACGUACAGCGAAGUCAAAGGCGCGGAUCACCUGCAAGACCGGAGAAAAGUCAAGAAAGACACUCAGGAGCAAGGAUUGAGCGGCUGGGUGCGCAACACAGGCGAUUCCGAUUUCGCUCUCCACACGCCUCCAUCAUAGCUAC